AGGCUAAUCGAAAUGGCCGAGAUAAGGACAGAGAGCGAACCACCGGCCUCUGCCGAUACCUCGGUCCACUCCCUUUUGAUUACUCGCGGAGCGUGUUGGCAACAUUGAUGCUUCUCUCCAGAUGGUUUAAUCCAGUUAAUCUUAAUGACCAAGUACUCGUUAUUAUAAAUGUACAGCCAAACCGGCGCGAUUGCAAAAGCCGUUUUAACCGCUAGUAAGACGAACUACGGACGAUACGACGGGCUUUACAGAUGUGGACACGUCAUUUGACUUUUGCUUGUGUAUUAAAUAAAUCGGUGCAUGUCUUUAAUCAACAGAAUUUUCUCUGGUAGUGUAAAAGCAAUAGAUAGACAACGUUAUUCUACAUAAUCGGUAGAGAAUAAGUUGCUAUGACGGAAUAUAAACUUGUGGUAGUAGGAGCUGGAGGUGUUGGAAAGUCUGCCCUUACCAUUCAGUUGAUUCAGAACCAUUUUGUAGACGAGUACGAUCCCACGAUAGAGGACUCCUAUAGAAAACAGGUUGUCGUAGAUGGAGAAACUUGUCUGUUAGAUAUUUUAGAUACAGCUGGUCAAGAAGAGUACAGUGCUAUGAGAGAUCAAUAUAUGAGAACAGGCGAAGGUUUUUUAUUGGUAUUCGCUGUUAAUUCUGCUAAAAGUUUUGAAGACAUAGGCACGUAUAGAGAACAGAUUAAGAGGGUAAAAGAUGCAGAGGAAGUUCCCAUGGUAUUGGUCGGAAACAAAUGUGACCUUCAACAAAUGUGGGCCGUUAAUAUGACGCAAGCAAGAGAAGUGGCACGUCAGUAUGGUGUACCGUUUGUUGAAACCUCUGCUAAAACAAGAAUGGGAGUCGACGAUGCCUUUUAUACGUUGGUGAGAGAGAUACGAAAAGACAAAGAGCAGAGAGGGAAAGAAAAACGGAAACGUAUGCGGGCCGGGAAUUCUGGGCGUAGGAGACAUAGGUGCUGCCUCUUAUAAGUCGUUCGGUAUUGUUAACUGUAUCGUUCAGACAUACGAAUACAAGAAUAGAGUGUAAAAAGCCAUAGAUUACGUUCACCUUGUGCACAUUUUUUGCAGCUUACUCUACAGCAUACUAAAGUAUCUACUGGCACAAUCUUUCAGUUAAGUCAAAAAGCGAAUCAUAGAAUUGUAAAAUAUUCCAUACAUUUUUACUAGUAGAAGUGAAACACGAAAAAACAAAUUUCAUUUGGGAGGCCACUUUUGGUAUUAUUUGGAUCGAAGAACCUCGACCCUUGAUUUAUUGAUCGUUUUAUAGGGUGGUAGUUUAUUUAUUACUAAACUUUAAUCAAACAAGGAAAGCUGCUGUUGAACCACGAAUUGUAUGUAUAAGUAGCAAUUAAAUUUGAAGUUUUAGGGUUGAAACAAUGAAAAUAGGCAAUGAUCUCUGAAUGCAUAUAGGACGCAAUUCCAGAUUAAAGAUAAAUGUCAAUAUCGGUUCGUAUCUAUUGUGAUUCGGAAACUAUCAAUGCAUAUCGGAUGAAGUGUCUGAUCUUAGAAGAGUCGGUUCCACGACCGGUACAAUUUGUCUUCGAUAGAAUUACUGUCUUUCAAAAGGAGUCAAGCCAGACCGAGUGACAGAGUUUCGUAAUUCCACAACUUCGGAAGUCAAUGCAAUUCAGUGGUGACAUACAUUGAUAUUUCCCCCAAGAGAUGCACUGUGCGGUAAAGUCAAAUUCUGCUCCUUUUUUCAACAUGAUACAUUUUCCUGUAUAUUACCGUUACGACUUAUUUAGGUCAGUGACUAAUGACACGAAGGUCCUCAGCGGUAGUCAUAGAAUUAAAUAUACGUAUCCGGGAAGCAAUUUAAAUUAUACCAAUGCCCAGGAUUGAAUCUGUGAUACCAUGCAGUAAUGUCGAGUUUCGAGAGCAACUACCACCAGUCAUCUCUAGCGAUCAAGGGUUAGGAUCUUCAUUAAACGGUACAUUUUGCAUAAUUUCACGUUAUCGUAACACGUGUAAGCUUGUUGAGUGAAAAGCAAAAAGUGUAUAUUGCAAAUAAAUUAGCAGAAACAGCGCCUUUGAAGAUCGCGCAAAAUUCAAGGUUCGCCAUUGCAUCGAAGUACAACGCAUCUGCUACGUUAGGAAUAUAUCCAGCGCUAUUUUUUUUAACUUAGAACUCGAAGAGACGUCAAAACGUAUUAUACGAGACGAGUAGAUUAGAACGAUUCGCCUGCAGAUGCGCUUUGUUGUACAAGCGUUCGGCUAACUUUGAGGGUGAAUCAUGUUACGGAUUCUCGUAAAAAGGUCGAUUCUGCUAAGUUAUUUUUCGGCACUGACUGAAUUCGGCUGGUGAGUAUAACGUAUACACAAAGUUACACAGCAAAUACGUUUUAUCGAGGCUGUAACUUUUAAUGAAAUCCUGCUUUUAAUAAUUCUAUACAAGUACAAGGUUUACAACAUUUACAAGUUGUAUUCGAUAUAUUGACUUUGGGUGCAUCGUAUGGAAGGAUGUCGGGAAUACGGUUUAGUUGCGAACUGGCACAGUUAGGGUCUGGCACAUAUGUUGGCGCAAACUAAUACUUAUCUGUAUGUUUCAUUUGUUAAUCAAGUGUCGAAUAUCGAUAAGGCGCGUCCGAUAUUUUAUGGUACACUCAAAGCGUCGAAUAGAACAAACUUUCGUAAUGAUUAAUCGUUUUUAUUGUAUCCAUUUAACGAAAGGCAUGGUGCAAGACACGGCUGUGUCACAUUUUUCGAAGGAGGGCAGUCGGAGAUAAGUUUGUCAAAAAUUAAUAAAAUACAAUAAAUACGGCUUUUUCUAAUGUGUCCUGUCAUGUUAACUGGUAAUUAAUAUAUUCCGAAAAUUUCCCUAAAAUUUAGUCGUACGAACACGUGAAGGAAAAAUUGGCUUCGGCAUUUAGGUACUUUCUGCCUGUAGAGACGAAACCAGGGCGAGAGGGAUUAUCUGUAUUAGUAUCGACAGUUAAAUCCAAUAUUAUCGUUAAUUGUCUAAACAGCACUAAGCCUAGUAGUUUUUCCCUGAUUAGAUUUGGAUCGAGUACCCGAAGAGUUAAUACUUGGACAACAUUUUAGCACAGGGCACAACGUAAACUUCGAUAUAACGAUUUAUAUAAAAAUGUGGUGUAGCACUAUCUCGCACUAUGUCAUCUAAACGAACGCUGAUAUCUAUGCGUCAAAUUUUCUAACUGCUUUAAAUGUACUUCAAGUGCUUUUCGAAGUACUCGUUUACAGAUUUUUGACGGUCUCUUUGAAUUUAUUAAAACGAUACGAGGGAAGAAAUUCAAUUACAAGAUUGCCUUGUUAUGGAUACGUCUCGUGAGGUAGUAUAUAACGUCAGCCAUGCGUCUCUACAAUGUACCGUUUCUACGAAAUGUGGAAAUCAAAAUAAGAAGCCUCGAAAAAAUAACGAGAAGGAAAAGAAACGCAUGGUGAAUGAAUUUGGCGCGGACGCGCGGAAACGUUACCGCGGUACAGUUGAUGCGUGUAAUGAAAGAUUUGUUGUAAAGUUUCCCGUUGCCAUUCAUGGUGAAACUCCUUUUUUAUAUAGAUAUAUGUACACGACCGAGCAGUUCAGUAUGUUUGCGUAAACUAUGUACAGUGGAGAAUAAUGUAUGAGCAAAUGUUUAACUACGGUUCACUUCGUACAAAUUACCAGGCAACUGACUAAAGCAAAAGUGUCUACAUUUUGGGAAUGUAACAUAACGUUCUUACUGUACCAUGACAAUUGGUACGGUCUUUUAAGUAAUUGUUACCGGUUACGAGGAUAGCCCGAUAUAGCAUGAACUUUUUUCGAUAUUUGUAUCUCUUGUUUUACACAAGUAAGUGUUUAUACAUUGCUUAUUAUCGUGAAUACAAGUCAAUCCUGUUUCGCCAUGGCCCGAAUUCGAUUGUACGCUAAGCUUAUUAUCAAAUGGUUCAUCGAAAGAUGCAUUAGAACAUAUUUAUAGUUCUGUCAGUUUUAUUGUAUUAAGCGUCAUUCGCGGGUUAGUUGACCGAUCCAACGUUUAGAAUCGAAUUUAUGUAUGACUUUGAACGUUUCCAUUAGAAACGAUGCGUAAUGCUGGAAGAACGGCCUAUGUUAAUUAUAUGUAACGCGAUGGGAAGUAUGUUGAUUUUAAACCUUGGCGUAUGACGAAACUAUAGUAACGAGUAUAAAAAUUAGUCCAUAAGGAGUCCUGAAUAAAUAUAAAACGUUUAUACAUA